AUGAACGGCAUCCAACUGCAAUCUGUCUGUGGUUCUAGAUACCUUGCAAAUUUUCAAGUCCUUAUCAUGGUCGAUGUACGAGAUAGAAUAGUUUUUGUACCGUACAAUUUCAUUCGCCAGCCACUGUAUUGGCCAGAAAAGGCGACCAAGGAGACUGAAUUCUACAAAAAGUAUCAAGUGUUGGACCACUGUUAUUAUUCCAACAUAGAAAAGAAAUGCGCUCCGCCAAAGGCUACCAAAAUUAAUAACGAGUUAUUCGCGAAACUGAAGAAGGACUACCCAACAAUUAACUGUCCCCGUAUUCCGACUGUUCUCGCGUUUAAUCAUCAUUUUCAAUGUUGCCACAAUGAAAGUUUGCCUUGGAAUGUGGACGACUUGAUUGGAUUUCAGCUCGUCCAACUUCAAUCAGGACAACGUUACGAGAAGUGUUUGAGAUCCGUGAAGAAUUUCGUGAAUAGUUCCGCCCAUGGGGCACAGUGUGUGGAGGCGUGCUCACUCAAUCCGAUAGAUUGGAAGCAAGUCUCAAAAAAACCGGAGAUCGCCUGGAAUGCGACCCAAUUUUUGACGUACAUGCUCAAUUCUAUAAAAAUCCCGACCAUCAACAAGAAUUUAACCACCAAAUCUGCCGAGCAAUAUAUUUACUGGACCUUCCCGAACCGAGGCGCCGUACAGAAUCGCACCGGCUGGAUAAGAUAUGCCGAUAUUGGUAAACUAUUCUUAAAUUCCGCUCAAAUACUCGAAUACUCUUACAAAUACUCUUUUUACAAAUACAAAUACUCUUUUUUAGGAAUGUCAAUGCCUUUCUCUGUUCUCAAAGCUUAG